AUGGAGGGCCUUUUCUUCAACGUCAAUAAUGGAUACCUCGAGGGUAUUAUCCGAGGAUACAGGAACAGUCUUCUUACUGGGGCUAUGUACAGUAACUUGAAGCAGUGCGAGACAGUUGACGACCUAAAGCUGCAGCUUGCUCCUGCCUACGGCGACUUCCUCUCGACGCUACCCCCGAACCCCUCGCCCGCUAGUCUCGCCGCGAAAACCACAGAGAAGCUCGUAUACGAGUUCCGAUAUGUGCGCGCCAACGCUGCUGGAACCAUGGCCAAGUUCAUGGACUACCUCACAUACGGAUACAUGAUCGAUAACGUUGCGCUUCUAAUCACCGGCACGCUCCACGAGAGAGAUACAAGCGAGCUUCUAGAGCGAUGCCACCCUCUUGGGUGGUUUGAGACCUUGCCCGUGCUUUGUGUUGCUACCAAUAUCGAGGAACUCUACAACAGCGUGUUGGUUGAAACGCCUCUCGCUCCGUACUUUAAGGGCAGUCUCAGCCACCAUGACCUCGAUGAGCUCAACAUCGAAAUUGUCCGGAACACGCUGUAUAAGAACUACCUCGAGGAUUUCUACAACUUCGUCAACACACAUCCCGAGAUGGCCGGCACGCCAACUGCGGAGGUUAUGUCUGAGUUGCUGGAAUUCGAGGCCGACCGCCGAGCUAUCAACAUCACCUUGAACUCCUUCGGCACCGAGCUGACGAAGGCUGACCGUAACAAGCUCUACCCUUCGUUCGGACGUCUGUUCCCUGAAGGUACUUUGAUGCUCUCCAGGGCUGACGAUAUCGAGGGUGUGCGGUUAGCUCUCAGCGGUGUCGAGGACCUCCAGACCUUCUUCACCUCCGCGCAGCUUGGCCACGGUCCUUCGGGUCCUGGUAACGCUGAGGGCCAGGAGAUGGAUGAUGGGAACCCAAGGAGCUUGGAAGAUAUGUUCUACCUCAAGGAGAUGAAUAUUUCCAAGUCUGCUUUCACGAGGCAGUUCUCUUUUGCUAUCGUAUAUGCGUGGGUGAAGCUACGUGAACAGGAAAUUCGCAACAUCACCUGGAUUGCAGAAUGCAUUUCCCAGAAUCAAAAGAGCCGCAUCGGAAACUACAUUAGUGUGUUCUAA